AUGAAUCCACCGGCCUUUGCAAGAGGAGUGAACUCGGUUGUUGUUGAAGAUUGGGUUAAGGAGAUUGAGGAACUAAUGGGUGUGCUGGAGUGCACGAAGAAGCAAAAGGUGUUGUAUGGAACUUUUAAAUUACUGGAGGAAGGGACGAGGUGGUGGAGAUUGGAAAAAUUGGUGGAGGAACAGCGGUUAGAACCUAUCAUUUCAGCAAUUCAAACAAAGAGGUUACUUUUGGAGGGUAGCAAAGGGUACCUUUCAUUUGUAAAAGUAGCACUGAAGGAGGGACUUAAGCUGGAGGAUAUCCCAAUGAUAAGGGAGUUGUUGGAUGUUUCUCUUGAGGGCUUACCGAGAUUGCCUCCUGAUCGUGAGGUGGAGUUUGCCAUUAAGUUAAAUCCAAGGACAACCCCAAUUUCUAAGGCUCUAUACAGAAUGGUUGCGGUUGAAUUAAAGGAGCUAAAGAAGCAGUUACAGGAACUACUUAAUAAGGGAAUCAUCAGACCAAGCGUAUUACCCUAG